CUGCCGCCGCGCCACGGUGAUACACUCGUUGGCCCGUGCCUUGCGACCGCCACGCGGAUCUCCGUCGAGACAUGACUCGCCGCACCCGGUGAGGUGCCUCCGCACGCGUCCCGAAUACGCAUUACGUAAGGAACCGUCGCCGACGACGCUCCGCCGACAGCGGUAGCCAUACCAUACAUAUCCAAAAUAUAUAUCGAAUCGUUCUCACAUAAUCAUCGUAAUAUUAGUUAACGUUAGUCGUCCAUCGACAGCGAUAAAAUUCGCGCGGCAGAACGCGCGCUCGUAGCGAGGAAAAUUCGGCGGUAAAGUUGCGCAGGUCGCGAGUGGUGCGCGGUGCUUGAGGCAGCCCGGCCGUACGGGCGUGCCGCAGUGUCGGCGGACGGCGCGAUGCGACCGCGGACCCGCGCACCGCUCUAAACACAUUAUGAAGAGCGCUGCGACCCAGGAUCGGGCGUAGCGCAGGAGCGAGGCGAGAGGCGCGAAGCCGAAGCGCGGGCAUGGCUCGCGAGUAAGGUGGCGGCCGCGGCGCGCGCCACGAGCCGGCCGGGGGGCGCCGCGGGCCAGCCGGCUUCUCCGCCGCGUCCCCGCUGCAGCGCACCAGCUCCGAGCCGAUGACACAUUGUCGUUGAGCAGCCACCAUUGCUCGCAUAGAGUUGGUCGAGAAAUGGGGGCUGACGCCUGUCCUCAGGCCGAGGCAGGAAUGCCCCCGGGCCCCAGAGGAAGGCGGAGACCAAAGGUCACUGCCGAAAUUGUGCAAUCAGGAAGAAGAGCCUGGACGCCCACCCCAGGGAGGGGUGGUGACGUUCGAACCUAUACAACACGACCACGACUUCUGCGAAAGAGUUGUUAUCAACAUAAGUGGCCUGAAGUUCGAGACCCAACUACGUACACUCAAUCAAUUCCCGGAAACUCUUCUAGGGGAUCCAGCCCGGAGAAUACGCUACUUCGAUCCCUUGAGGAACGAAUACUUUUUCGACCGGAACCGCCCCUCGUUCGACGCAAUCCUGUAUUACUACCAAAGCGGCGGCCGCCUGCGGCGCCCAGUAAACGUUCCUCUAGACGUGUUCUCCGAGGAGAUUAAAUUCUACGAACUUGGAGAGCAAGCCACCAACAAAUUCCGUGAGGAUGAGGGCUUCAUCAAAGAGGAAGAAAAACCCCUUCCCUCCAACGAGCGCCAGCGCAAGAUCUGGCUGCUUUUCGAAUACCCUGAAAGCUCCCAGGCCGCUCGUGUUGUGGCAAUUAUCUCAGUAUUUGUCAUCUUGCUGUCCAUUGUAAUCUUCUGCCUGGAAACACUGCCUGAGUUCAAGCAUUACAAGGUCUUCAAUACCACUACCAACGGCACUAAGAUCGAGGAAGACGAAGUACCAGACAUCACUGACCCGUUCUUCUUGAUAGAGACCCUCUGUAUAAUAUGGUUUACAUUCGAGUUAAUCGUCCGGUUUCUGGCGUGUCCAAACAAGUUCAAUUUCUUUAGAGAUGUGAUGAACAUAAUAGACAUAAUAGCCAUCAUACCGUACUUCAUCACCUUGGCGACAGUCGUUGCUGAGGAGGAAGAUACUCUGAACCUGCCACGCGCUCCGGUAUCUCCGCAAGACAAGUCGACCAACCAAGCUAUGAGUCUUGCUAUACUCCGGGUCAUCCGUCUCGUGCGCGUGUUCCGUAUCUUCAAACUAUCACGACACUCCAAAGGCUUACAAAUUCUCGGACGCACGCUGAAGGCUUCGAUGAGGGAACUUGGCUUAUUGAUAUUUUUCUUGUUCAUUGGUGUGGUGCUGUUUUCAUCCGCGGUGUACUUCGCUGAGGCGGGAAGUGAGAACAGUUUCUUCAAAUCCAUACCAGAUGCGUUUUGGUGGGCGGUCGUGACAAUGACGACCGUAGGAUACGGAGACAUGACGCCGGUUGGAGUUUGGGGAAAGAUUGUCGGUUCCCUCUGCGCUAUCGCCGGUGUGCUCACCAUCGCUCUGCCCGUUCCCGUCAUCGUGUCUAACUUCAACUACUUCUACCAUCGCGAGACUGAUCAAGAGGAGAUGCAGUCCCAGAACUUCAACCACGUUACCAGUUGCCCAUACCUGCCUGGCACCAUGGGCGAGCCCUAUCUUAUUUCAGGUCCUAUACAUAAGAAGUCGUCGUUGAGCGACGACUCAUCGUCGGACAUGAUGGAGGAGGAAGGCGCGCUGGUGGCCGACCCUCACCUGGAGCAGAACCUGCGUCGCUUGCAGGAGGAGGAGAGAGUCCUGCUCGAGCAGCAAGCGCACAUGGAGGCCAACGGGGUCGACGACAUAGCAGCCCUCGAACACCAGGACGCACUGCGACUGAACCAUCUGCGGCAAGCUGAGCUGCAGAAGCAGCAGGCGAUGUUAGCGCAGCGAAUGCUCCGGCAACAGGCGCUCGCGCAGGGCGAGCAGGCGCCGGCGCACGCGCACGCGCACGCGCACGCGUCGCGCCGCGAGCAGACCGCGCGCCGGCGGGCCACCUGCACCGUGCGCGUCAACAACCUGCAUGCCGCAGAGGCUAUUGAGACUGACGUCUGACUAUCAGAACCCCACAAUGUUUCCAGACGUGGCGAGCCGGCGCGACGACGACGCGGCGGCAGUGUGGCGCGGCCGGUUGCCGGCGCGCUCGCCGCCACCCUGCCACGUGUGAACAGCGCCUGACCUCGCCGCUCCCGCCGCCACCCGCCCCCGCCACACACACACACUUCGACCGACACGAUCCCGCCGACUAACCCGACACAACAAUCUUACUGUGAACUUUAUAUAUAGCUGCUUGAUUCAAUUUCAAACCCAAUUAGAUUACUCAUAUUAAGGUUAAGAAGAACAAGUUUUAAAAAAAUCAUUAAAAAACAAUAAAAAAAUUAUUUUAAAUACGCUUCUACAGAGAGUGCGAUCCGCUGCGGCCAUCGCCUCCAAUUGUAAAUAAUAAACAAGCUGCUUUAAAAAGCUUAUAUUAUACUUACCUACACUUUCUAUUCUCAACACUGUGUAAUAAAUAAUUAGGUUCUUUGUGACAAAUAAAAUAAUCAGAAUAGGCCUAUAGAAUUUCCGUUAACGGAGGACAUUUAAAAAAAUGUCGCUUAUAAGCUUGACCAUAGUUUGUAAAUAGUUGUAUCGGGCGGGAUGCGCGCGCCGCAAUCCGCCGGCCCGGCUGCCGGCCGCGGACAUUCUAUCACUGGACAUGACACGGACAUGCGUACACUCACACUCAUGUAGUCACAGCUAAUUUGUUUGGCCGCUGGCCCUACAUCUGGCGCCGAACUGCCUCCAGGCGGACGCAAGGCUGCUCCACCCCACGUCUUGUACCGCUGUCUACCGCGCGAAGCUCUACUCAGAAUAGUUCAAUCAUCCAAUUCAAUGGCAGUUUCGGGACAGCAAGCAUUUACCACAACCAUGUGAAAGAAGUUCGUGAAACCAGAUUGAAUUUAGAAUAAGUUACCGUACUUAUAUUAUUUAUGUUGUUGUGAAAUCGUCGUGUGUGGAACAAUAUCAAAUGAUAUUCCAGUAAUUAAUGAUGACCCUCGAUGUACCCGCCCUCGGUCCCGUGCCCAGACCACGUCGCGCAACAGUCUCGGCUAUUAUUGUAAUUAUUUAAAUGUAAUAUGUGUACAUAAUGUGACGGCAAAUACUUGUCUAUCAUCAUUGUUGUUAUUUUAUUGAUAAUUUUAUUGAUGUUAAUUAUUUAUACGUAGAGCAGAGGUUGUGUGGGCGCUCACGGUUCGUGAGUCCACGCGACGCUGGCCGGCAAGCGUGGCGCUCGGUGGCUGCGUGAGCGCUUACAGCACUAUACGCGAGGACAGUUAUAUUUUCAGUCGUUUACAAAGUCAUAACGAUUGUAUUAGCUUAUACAGUUUAAACAUAUCUAGAAAGAAGUGAAUUUAUUAUAUAUGUUGUAAGAAAGUCAGGCGGCAGACGUGACUCGACCGAAACAGCGAAGCGCAGUGCAACACCUCCUAUGCCAGUAUUUAAAUUGGAAUUAUAUCAAUAACAUUGCGAACAACUGCUGCAUUGCAUGCAUGCGAGCCGAAGUAAUUGUUGUUAGUAGGCUCUGUAUUGUUCUAACAUAAACAAAUGAUACCAAUUACAAAAAAAAUGUCACUUUUAAAAGCAUGAAUGUUGUCUCGAGGUGUUUAUUCCACCGUUGUUUGAUACCUUAAUAUACGGUUUGAUAUUUCGUUACACGCCAGCAACUGAACAACAAAUCCGUAAAAUGCGCAAGAAAGUUUAAAUAAAUUAUUGACCAGUUCCCGUCUGUCUGUCCUAAGACUUGUUUAGACUUGAGUUGUAAAGAAGACAAUUAAUUAUUAGGUAUAGAUUACACCCGAAAUAAUUAUUACAUCAUAUCAUUACACAUUUCAUAGCGUUAAAAAACAUCUAGGUGAAAAGACAUAUUUACGCCCUAUAUUAUAGUCUAGUGUAGAUAAGUAGAUAUUGUAGAUUAAGUGCUGCCCUUAUACUGGGUAUAUAAUAUCUCUGGAUCCACUUCUUAUCCGUGUAUACAAUAGGCCAAAGCCAAGAUUACAAGUUGAUUCAGGCUCAUCGCUGUAAAGCAUCGAGCAUUCAUAAUCAUUCACGCAGAUUAGAUCACGCGGUUUCAAAGGACUUUUAGCACAAACAGAUUAAGUGAGUGAAAGAUUGAGAAUGAUCGCUGUGAACACUACGUUGCCACGCCCGAGCUCCUCGACAGAACGCGAUGGCAAGCUGUGAUUCAUCAAUUGGUCUGCACCCUCGAUCAUUCCAUCUGAAAAACUAAUUCGUGAGUGUUAGUAAACAGUUAAAAAACAGUGUUUCAAUGUCAAGUGGUGUUUAAUUAUUAAUAAGAAAAUGUUUUCUGUAAUUCAUUGUAAUAACUAUUAAUGAUGUGGAUUUCUGACAGUGACUGACGCUCACUGAUUCCUGAUCAUAAGAGGUGUGAGACCUGAAGAGAUUUGUUCCGAAGUUAAAGAUAUAUUAAGUUGUUGGAUAUGCUAUACUAUUAUUCUCCUUUUGUAUAUAUGUUUAUUGCAAAGAUUGAGCAAUAGCAGGACAUAGAGUAGCGAAUUGUUAUAAAGUUGCCAGUCACUGUUAGAACACUCCAGACUAUAGACCCAGAGCGGGAGCUCAAACCUCGGCCAUGACAAACGUGAUAGUCAGAUAACGACUUCAUAUUCAUAAUUAGGUGUAUGCUUCAGAGAAAGCAAUGUUUAACUGAUUACAUUAUAAUAAUUUGAGUGUCUUCGUUGUAAUGAAUAUCAAUAAUGUCUGUCAAUUAGAUUCGAAUUGUUUGGCAAAUUAAUUUACUAUGGUAGUCUUAAUUAAUACUGCGUAUGUGUUGUCUGUUGUAUGUUAUCGAUGGAAAACUUGGGCAAUCAUUUAUAAGCAACGUUGCGGUGAGCCACGUGCGUCACUAAGUAAUAUCAUACAAAUAACAAAAUAGCACAAAACAAACUAACAAUUCAACCCACGUCAUAACUGCAACGUUGUCCGUACUGAAAACAUCACGGAGAAGCCCUGAAAGAAUCGCAUUGUUAAACAUUUCAGUCACUGUCUAAUAUUACAUUCUACUGAUGCUCAAUGUGUAAAGACUAUCAUUCGCCAACUUCAUUUGUCAAUAUAUUCGAUUUGUGUUAAAUGUUCGGAGUUAGUAGACCGUGUAUGCUACAUGUUACAUACGUAUAACGCCGAGGCUGUUGCGACGAAUACAAUAAAUGUCAGUCAAUGUUAAUGUACCAAGUAUAAAGUGUAGGAAGCACAUUACUUUAUAUUAUAGUUUAUGAAAUUGGAGAGCACUCGGGUCCUGUUUUCAAUCUUGUGAAGGAAGCUGCAACGCGACAAUAAGUAACCCAAACCACCAUGAUGGCAGCGAUCACCCAGUAUCUAAUACGUGAUCAUCAGACCUUUAGUCUCGGCGAACUUUGUAAAGAGACCUUGUAACGAAUAUAAGCCAUCAAGUAAAAUAUUUUGGAUUUCUACUCAUUCCUCAUUUGUUAAGAAAGAGCAUAGAGACACCAAUCGACCUAGAAAGAUUCUCCAAAAGUAUUGUUUACAGAGACAUAAUAACUGGGUGUUCAUACAAGGUUGUCUUGCAGUAAGGGUAUGAUGUAAAAGUGUGACUAAACCUCAUUUACAUUACGUGUCUGUUUAAUCAUAGCAAAUUAAUGUCUAGUUAAAUCCCGCAUUUAGGAUCAGUCUCAAUUCACUCAGAUACUGUGACUCCGCUUAGACUCCUUGCGCUUCACAACGUACGUCGUAGAUGGUGUAAAUGAGUCUUGGUCGAUUGUAACCUAAGUAUAUACUUUUAUCAGAUUUAUUGUACGUACACGUUUGAGACAUCUGCUGCGUGACCUCACUAGUUUCGCAAUCUCUAUUCUUGUCUGCAGUUUAAAUAUUGCUGCGUUGUUACGCACUGACGUCACAAGUGGUGUGUCACAUUGAGAUGGUGUCGAUAUCUUUGGCUUAACUGUGCCCUAAACAUGAUGCAGUGGUAUGAUAGCAUCUUGCUCUUACUAAUAAAGCUAAAUACAAAGACAAACAUAAACAAACCAUGAUGCAGUGAAUCAGAGUUUCGGGCAGAGUUGAUCGCGUCAGAUGAUUGCGGGCCUUGUCCUGGCAACGAUCGCGUGGGAAGGAUCGGGUAACACCUGUGUGGUCGACUCUCAUAUACAACAAACAGAAUAGUGGUAAAUUGUGAAUUACUCAAGUUGGCCAAAAUUGUAGUAACGCCAGUUAAAAUAGGCGUAUUAUAAUUUUCGCUCAGUAUUAUUAGUUGAUAUUUCGUACGUAGUAUAUGUAUACAGAGGCGGCUAACACGGGCCCGGUGCAAACAGUAAGAUUAUAAUUUCUCAACCAUCACACUUCGUAAAACAUUCUCAAAUAAUAUUAUGUUGACAAGACAAAAAUAUUAAAUGGUCGUAGAUAGUAAAGCCACGUAGAUUUCACAUGAGAAAUCACGAUUUUCUAUUUACUUGAGUACUACUUAAUAUCAAUCUUGUAGUUAGGAAGGAGUUGGAAAAAAUUUAAAUUUAUUAAGAAGUCUGAAAUGUCCGUUAUGACAGACUAUAUUUAAUAUGGUCUUUAGGAAGCAAACUGUAAUCAGUAAUUUUAUCUGUAAAUUAAAUUGAAUUUAAUUUAAGAUUUAUAGUUAGGUGAUAUCUGCAAACUUUUAGCAGUGUGUGGUAUAUCGAAAUAUUUGUUGUUUUUUUAAGUAUAUUUAAUAUGUUUUGCUUGGAUUGUUUCGGCUGAGGGACGAGCGAGGCCGUUGUGUUUGCAUGAAUUCCGAAACGUACGAUGGGACCCCGCUGUAUGUUUUGCGGAUUUAAUAAAAAUGUGCCAGUUUUACUUCUUGAUAGAUGCCUUUACGCGUGUUAUUGCGCUUAAAGUUCAAGUAUAUAGUCAUCGCAGUGCUGUUUAAUGUUAUAAUGUUGUCUAGGGCUUGUCACGCUGCUCACACUGCGCAUUUCUUAUUUUCACCGAUAUCGAUGGACUCACGAGGAGUGUGACACGCGCGGAACUCGUAUAAACUUUAUAUCUUAGUAGGUAUAAUUUUCCUUGUUCACCAGCCCCCUCUCCGUCCAGGUCAAAUCGUGUUCAAAUAUUGAAUAUAAAAUCACAAAUUUCAAAUUGAAUAUCGUAUAAACGUAUUUAUUUAUAUAAAUUGACGUACAUAAUUGGCGUUAUUUACAAGAUUAUCUACACGGAACAAUAUUAAAUAUACAAAAGUUUACGUUACGAGUUAUUUAUUCAAUAUUUUAUAAGUAUCGACAAUCUUUAAAGCAUCCAAGUUUGUCGUGUUCAUUUGAUCGCCUACUCUAUGAACAAUGAAUCGGGUUACGCUAGCUACGAGCUUACACUAUUAUUUGAAUUUAAAUGAUAUGUAAUUACUUCUUAUAUCUUUCAUCACCUAAUGUAAGUUAAAUUGGAGCGAAUUCUUUAGAUACAUAAUUACAUUAUCCUCUUACAAUACAUAACAUUAAGGAUUUAUAAUAUUAAGAGCUUUUCGACUAGUAUACUUACAAAAAAAUGAUGAGAUCUUAUGAAAUAAUCUGAAUUUUUCGCGAUAAUUUAUUAUAUUUAAUAUCCAUCCAGUAUUAUUAGAUAAAUAGGUGUAAUGGCGAAGAAAUUCCAUUUUCUAGCUCCUAUAGUUAAUGUAACAUAGGUUCAGUAAAGCCAACAGAUAAUUCUUAAUUAAGUACAAAUUUUCCGAAUAAAAUAUUUAUGAUUUUUCAUGGUCCCAUCGCUCGUGAAGCAAGUGAUAUGCACAUAUAUGUAUGUAUAUCCUCGUUGUUAUAAUGAAUAUGUAGUGGUACUGAAUAUUCAUGAAAUUCUAAAUUUUUAAUAUUUAAUUGAUCAUUGUUUGAACGAAAGGACUUUGCAUUGCUCCCUAGUCAUGUCAUUGGCACUACAUCCACCUAGAGUUAAAUAUCAAAAUAAAAUUUGGAAAUGUUUGUUAUAUUGUUGUAAUCUAGGGUGGUAUAUUUACGAUUUUGUCGAAGUCGACGAAUAUUUGUUACGUGGAAACAUUUCCCAAGGUAACAUCCGAAGUGUGACCAGCUCACUAGCCUGACAUUUGUCGACUUCGCUAAAACAAUGGAUUGUUAUCAUGACUUGAAUUUAUGUCCUCUAUUGGGAUAAACUGAAAUAUUAAAAUCAAUGGUGCAAUGUUAAGUGCUGAUUAUAGGGUUGAAGGACAUCACUGGAUAGUUUACUGAAGUUCGACAUUUUAAGGAACUUCUGUCCGGUCAAAAUAUACUGUUAUUCUAGUUCAUGAGUCUGUUUCGGAGUUCAUCAAAUCGUACGUGCAUAACUAUUUGGUAAUUUAAUGAGCGAUUCCAAACAUAGUCCUAGGCUGUUUAGUCGAAAUUAUACGUUUGAUAUUCACGGAUUUAUUUUUAUAACACUAUUGUGAAAAUGUGAUAUGUUGCGAUGAUAUCGUGGAUAACUGAGACCUUGUAAAAGCACAAAUAUGAAGAAAAAAAUUCAAGGCAUGUUUGAUGUGAAACAUUCCGUGUUAUUCAUAAUAAAUGUAACUCGUUACGUCCUAGUGAACAAUACUUAAGAUAUGUUCAUCUUUACAAGUAAAUAGACAGAAGCUGAAAAACUGAAUAGUUCAACCACCUAUUGGCGAUUCAUGAAAAUACUAUUUGCGAGUGAACUGAGCAACUGACUGGGAUGUAGUUCUGGCUAUUUAUUUGUAUGGAGGUAUUCUAUAGCCAGCAGUGUUCACUCAGACGUACUCGUGAAGCAAGUCCACGGUACAUCUUCUCAUAGACGUCAUGGCUACGUCACACCCUGGCUGGAGCAUGUAUAUGAAUAUAUUGUUUUAUUUCAUUUGAUCACUUUCGCCGCGUGGUAUAUAUUUAAAGACACUAUGGUCAGUGAUCAUUUUUAUUUAAUGUGGUGGUUGUUUACUGUCUGGUAUGCGAAGCGAAGGCUCAUAGGUGUGGUUAAUACGAAAAAUUGUAAUUAAAUGCUUAUAUUGAGCCAAGUGUAUUACUCAGAAAUGCUCACAAACUAACCAUCUUUUUGCCGAUGGCUAGUAUACAUAUUGUAAUUAAACAGAACAAUGUUUUAAAUGAUGCGGAAGAAAAAUAAUCUCUGGUAACUUUGCGGAAGGUUACUUUGGACAUUAGACCUUAUUGUAUCUUUAGGAUUGCGAGUGAGCGACUCCGUCAGUUCAGGCGGAGGUUUAUAAACAAGUCGUGAUAAAGACUAGAUUCAUUGUUAAAAAGAACUUUAAUGAAAGUUACCAUCAGUUCAGUUUGAAAAGGUACAACAACAACCUUAUUUACGGGAAGUCCAAAAAGUGGAAUUGGCACAAAAUUACUUGUUUACAUCAUGGCACUAACUAAACCAACAAUUUCAGUUUCUAAGAAAGAAAUGCAAUCCUGAAUAUAAUAAUGUCUACUUUCCCAUUCCUGAUUCACUUCUGCACGAAACUAUAUUGCUUACAAUACCCGUUUCGAUAAAUUCCAUAGUAUGUCUGGAGCUUUUUCCAAUUUUUGUACUUAAGUUGUAACGUGGCAGUGCUAAGCUGUACCUACUGUAAGAAUGGUUUUUGUUUUUCAUAUAAUUUAUGAUUCCAAAAUUGUAUAAAUGACUAAAUAAAAUGAA